AUGACUUUUUCCGAGGGCAUUGUCACUGUGGUUGCAUUGCACUGCUUGGGUUGUUGCGCAGAAAAAGAAGCUUGUAAUAUUUUUGAUCCAGGUAAACGUGAAACAAAUGAAAAACUGGAAGAACUGGGGUAUAACGGAAUUAUGAAUCUGCUUGACUUGAGACGAGUUGUUAUAUUAUUCUUUAUAGUUUUAGCUGGUCAAGCAGAAGCAGUUAUUAAAGUUUUUCCUUUAACGGAAAGCAUGUUCUUUAAAAGGAAGAGGUUGGACAUUGGCAAGGUUAAAGAAGGAGCUAAACAGAAGGGAAGAAUUCUUAGAGGUUUUGUGCGUUUUGGCGGCGUAGUAGUUUGUGCUUUCAGAGUACAUUGUUUCUUUUUGUUUUAUUUUUUCGCGAUUGGUAAUUUGGAGAAGAGGGUGGGGAGGAGAGAAAUGAUGGGAGGGAAGAGGGACAGAGGAUGUUUUUUACUUGUGUUAAAAGUGUUUGAAAACUUAGAAGUUGAUUUUUUGGUGAAUUCCGACAACGCGUUUGGUGGGAUGGGAAGAGAGGAAGAAUAG